GACAGGACACCCCCCCCCCCCUCCACCCCCAGCUUGGCUGCGGCGAAAUAAACAUGACGAUGUUGACAAUUACGAUGGUUUUAAUGGAGCAGUCCUAAAAAGCACAGCGUUUACACAACGCGGAGGUCGAAUAGUGUCUAUGAGAUUCCGGGGAACUGUCUCGAACGGGGACAAACCACAGUUUUAACGAGUGGCGAAAACGCUCGGAGCAGAAAUGCCUCUGCUAUUUCUGGAGAGGUUCCCUUGGCCCAGUCUGCAGACCUACACAGCGUUGACUGUGGUUCUGCUGGCUGGCAGCAUCUUCAGCGCCUACACCACUGUGACCGAUCCUGGCUUUGGGUCUUUGGAAGCAGACGAAACCCCAACGCACAGGGACGUGGAACUAGAAGACUUGAAUAAUGAUAUUAGUAACACAGAACUGGCAACCACUGUCUUGUGGUAUCUGGUCACUGACAGCCUCUUUGUAUGGGUGCUAGUCAACACAUUCUGUUGCUCUUUAAUGUUAAUCGCAAAAAUUAUCCAGUAUGUGGUGUUUGGCCCUCUCAGAGUCAGUGAAAAACAGCACCUAAAAGACAAGUUCUGGAACUUCAUCUUCUACAAGUUUAUAUUUAUCUUUGGCGUGCUGAAUGUACAGACGGUGGAGGAGGUGGUCAUGUGGUGUCUGUGGUUCUCUGCACUGGUCUUUCUUCACCUCAUGGUGCAGCUCUGCAAGGACCGAUUUGAAUAUCUGUCCUUCUCGCCCUCCACUCCCAUGAACAGCCAUGUGCGAGUCAUGUGUCUGCUGGUCUCUCUCCUGCUGGACUGCUGUGGUCUGGCAGUAGUCUGUGGUCUGCUGGGGGCGUCCCAUGGAAUGCACACCCUCUCUUUCAUGGCCGCAGAGUGUCUGAUGGUGACCGUUCGCACAGGGCACGUCAUUAUGAGGUACUCCAUCCACCUGUGGGACCUGAACCACCCAGGAACAUGGGAGAGUAAAGGAACUUACGUCUACUACGCAGACUUCAUCAUGGAGUUGGCAAUGCUCUUUCUAGACCUCAUGCAUCACAUCCAUAUGCUGCUUUUUGGUAACAUCUGGCUGUCCAUGGCAAGCUUGGUCAUCUUUAUGCAGCUGCGAUAUCUCUUCCACGAGGUGCAGCGCCGCAUCCGUAGACACAAGAAUUACCUUCGUGUCAUCAACAACAUGGAGGCCAGAUUUGCAGUUGCCACUGCAGAGGAGCUGGCAGCGAAUGAUGACGAUUGUGCCAUUUGCUGGGAUACCAUGGUGACAGCACGAAAGCUUCCCUGUGGUCAUCUGUUCCACAACUCUUGCUUGCGCUCUUGGCUGGAGCAGGACACCUCGUGCCCUACUUGUCGCACAUCCCUCAACAUCAAUGGGGAAGGCGAGCAGGCUGGAGGCCAGCAGCCUGGCGUCCGCAUAGGGGAAGAUGCUGUUCCUGCGGGAGCCGCUGCAGAUCCGAGACCGCACAUCAAUCAACAGAAUCAUUUCUUCCACUUCGAUGGGUCACGUAUUGCCAGCUGGUUACCCAGUUUCUCAGUAGAAGUAAUGCACACCACCAAUAUCUUAGGGAUUGCUCAGGCGAACAACUCUCAGCUUACGGCUAUGGCCCAUCAGAUCCAGGAGAUGUUCCCUCAGGUGCCCUCCUACCUGAUUAUGCAAGACCUUCAGCUGACCCGCUCUGUGGAGGUAACCACCGACAACAUCCUAGAGGGACGCAUCCAGGUGCCUUUCCCUCCACCCACACAGGUUAGUCCUGCACUCGACGAGCAGGUGGGUCCCAGUGGAGCUCCAGCCGCCGAGGGCCCCAGCGAGCCUGAGAACACAGAAGCCAGAGGUGGUCGCUUCUCCAAGUCGGCUGAGGAGAGACAGACGAUGUUAAAGCAGCGGAAAGAGGAUCUGAUCCAGCAGGCUCGCAGGAGAUACCUGACCAAGAGUUCAGAGGGGCGGGAUGACGAUGUUCCUCGCCUGGAGGACGAGGAGGAGGACUCUUUCUCGGUUGUAGACUCAACAACGCUGAGGCGUCGAUCCAUGGCGGCAGCCAUGGAGAGACGUAUGCAACAGGAUGCUGCGCCCUGAAAACCCAGCUUCAGACUUCAGCAAACCCCCCAAAGGCAUGACAGUGUUUUUAACUCCUCCCCCUCAUGAUGUACAGUAAAGUCGGCGGCCGUCGUCACCUUUUCAGAGCGUAAUUAAUAAAGAGCAUCACAAACAUGGCCUUCGGAUAGCAGUAUUAAAGUCGGACUAUCUCUACGGUCCUCGGCGUCACCGAUUGCAGCUAAACUACUUGCAGCUAGUGAUGGGCGCGGAAGAUCUUUGAGUGUACUGAAUCAUUUGAAUCAGUUUGUUAAAAAGAUUUGUUCAAAAGAUUCGGUCACAGAGUCAUUCAAGGGCUUCCUCAUUCAGUUAAUGAUACAUUCCUGAGGUUCACGUUCACGCAACGUUUACCGAAGGACUAUGCGUUGUUGUUGUCACGUAUUACAAACUAGAAAGGCUGAGAGAUUUAAAAAUACAAAAAAUUGAGUUAAAUUAACACCUACCUAUCUCUCUCUAAGGAAGCUCUGGAACACCUGGCUUCGGUUGUGACUUGUGAACAUGCGUGCAGCGAGUUCAGUUACCACACAUAUCCUUCCGCGUCCGCUUACGUCCAGCCAGACUCCUCCCGGCCGGCGAGACUUUCCUGCAUUCCACCAUGCGUCGCUGACACCAGCACCCGCCACCCGGGCUUCCUGCUCUCAGCUUACUGUUAUUGUCAUCUGAUUAGUGUAAAGCGUCUUUCAGUGUCUUGAGCAGCGCUAUAUGAGUUUAAUCUAUUAUUAUUACAGACACAGAGGGGAUGAUAUGUAAAUAUGUUUUAUUUUAAAUUUCUUAUUCAUCUUUUCAAACAAAUCUCCCCCCUUAAACUCCCUGCUGCUGCCGCUUCAGUUUGCCUUGCACUGGCGAAUGAAACUCACACCGGCCUCCUGUCCUCUCAUGAGUUUGUGUGUAGUCUGUUAAGAUUAUGGAGACCCCGUCCAACCCACGCCCCAUGUGUGUACUUGUUUCCAUGUGCUUGACUGACUCAACAGUGAAAGCUAUCCCCGUGAGGACGUCAGGACGAGCGGUUAAAAUCACUCAUGAGUAUGCUCACUGCGUAGUACGUCGUUCCUUGCGUGAACGAAUCACUCAUUGUACUAGUUCGCAGUGAACUUCCGCAUGAAUCGCUGCAUACGUACUAGUACAUCGCUCCUUAGCGGAUCACGAACAAAUAAGUUCCCAGACGAAGAAGUUCAACGAAUGAAUCACUGGUGUAACGGAUCGCGGACAAAGAAGUUCAACGAACGACUCACUCGUGUCUAACGGAUUGCGGUCACUAAAAAGAUUCAUUCUUUUGAACGAAACGUUCGCAAACGAAACAACACUACUGUGCGCAUUGUGAAUGCCAAUGCUAUUUCUGUACGUGCCACACAAUGUAAGCAGCAUCUUCAGCAGGCAGGGAAGCUAUGAUGAUUGGCUGCUGGUUGAGAAAAUAAAACCGCACGUGUUGCAUUCAGAGAAACCAAGUCUUUGAAAAGCUGUUUGGGUUUCUUGGUUUUCUUUUUAGAAUUCUUGUUCUCUUUUGAGAAAAAAAAAUCUGAUUUAUUUGUGUUAUGGUUUUCAACUGUGAACGGCAGUAAAUGUAGGCAAAAUACUUAUUUUUUAUUUUAUUUUUUAAAAACUUUUUUGUUCUUGGCUUACCCUUGUGUAAGAGAAUGUCACUUUAGUAUUUUUCAGUAUGAACAUGAAUGUUUUUAAUGCUGCAAACAGAACUAUUGAUGUGUCAGCAUUGUAUCAUUUCCAUCUGUUUUUAUUUAGUAUAGGUCUGUACAUUUUGGGGGGUUUCUAAUCUUCUUUUGUGAGCAACAAAGAGGAAGUAUUACAUUUUGUAUAAGUGUGAAGGGUUUUCUUCCUGAAACUACUGUAUGUUAAUAAGAAAAUAUUUUCCAAUGGGGUUUUGGCAUCAUGUCUGUUGCUAUCAUUUUCAAAUGUGAAAAAGGUGUAUGGAAAUCUUUGGCCUUUGUCUGCUCAAAUGGGGGGAGACAUACCAGCAAGCAACAUAAUCACUUGUUUGUUUUCAUUUAUUAGAGCGCAACAGGAGAGUGGGUUAAUAUUUUGGGUCUUUCUAUAAGUUUCUCUGAGGAUUUAGUUGUUUAAGGAAUCAAAUGGGGGGCGGGGCUGUGUAUGGCCCACGGGCUCCAGGUUUACCACCCCUGUUCUAAAUGCUGAGUUGGGAUGCUAUUUGCUUACUAUUUGAGGGGAUGUUAGAUGCUUGACUAGGAUUGGUGAACACAGGAAACAUUUGGUUUUAUUUUCAGUUAGUUAACACAUCUAUCCAUUUUAUGACUUUAUAGAAAGAGAACAGUUUAUGAAGAGGCCAUUUUUGGAUUGAAUGUUACCAGUGUAAAUGUGCCUACACAGCAAGAUGGUUCCCUCAUAGGUCAUUUGUGUCAAUCUAGAAUUUUUUUUUUUGUAAAUGGCAUACAGAAUACAUACUCAAUAAAAAGAAACGCGUGGCUGCAGCUUUUUAGCAAAAA